AUGGUUGAAAUAACUAAAAUAAAGAAAAGAAAAUUAACAAAUUUAUUUACAGUCAUUCUUGAUACACCAAAUUCAAACUUUAGGAGCAUUCUAAUGCGAUUUAAUUUUAUUACAAUUUGUAACUGUUUCAGUAAAUUGAGUUUCAAAUAUGGAGUUUUGUUAUUGGCUAUUAUAGGUCAGAAGUUAAAUAGUGAAAAUUCUUUGAGAUUGCAAUAUUUGCUACUUCUAUGUAGAGAUUUAUUUUAUGAUGAAAAUUAAAAAAUAGAAAGCUUUAAGAUAAAAAUAUCAAAGUAUAAACUCCUCCGAGAGAGCUUUAAUAAUUAAUUAUAUUGAGGAAUACAAGUACUCAACUUCACAUGU